AUGAAUGAUUCUGUAAUAUAUUCACAUGUAAAUCUUACUCGAUGGGUUUCAUGUAUAUUAUCUCCAAUCAUAUUACUUGGAUGUGCUCUUGGAAAUAUUAUAUCAUUUAUAGUUUUAUUACGCCCACGUCUUCGUCGACAAACAACAUCAAUUUAUUUAGCUGUUUUAUGUGUUGCUGAAAUAGGAACAUGUUAUACCGGUUUAUUAAGACAAUUUUUACUUGAUGCAUUUGAUCUUGAUAUUCGUCGACUUAAUUCAUUUACAUGUCGUACACAUAUUUUAUUAACUUAUGUAUUUCUUCGUUUAGCACCAUUAUUAUUAGCUCUUGUUACAUUACAACGUUAUCUUUAUGUAAGUCAACGUGCUAAAUGUUCAUUAAAAUCAACAUGUAUACAAUUAACAUGUCUAUUUUUAUUUGUCUGUUUUGCUGAAGGACAUUUAUUUACAUUUUAUGAUUUAACUUAUUCUGAUACACGACAAAGAAGUGAUUUUAUUCCGUUGGAAUGUACAGUUGAUAAAGUACGUUAUACAAGUUAUUAUUCAUUUCGUAGUAAAAUCUAUCCAAAAUUAACACUUUUUCUUUAUACAAUAAUACCAUUAGUUGUUAUUAUACUUGGAAAUUUUUUAUUAGUUCGAACAGUUCGACAAGCAUCUAAACGAUCACGUUCAACAACACGAAAAAAACGUUCAGUAACAAGAAUGUUAUAUGCUGUUAGUGUACUUUAUACAGUUUUAACAUCUCCUGCAUCGAUAUUUCUUGCUGUCGUACCAGCAAGUUAUCAAUUAGCACCAGGAUUUCGUUUACAAUGGACAUUACUUCGUCUAUUAUUUUAUUUAUGUCAUUCAGUGAAUUUUUUAUUAUUUUGUGCUAGUGGAACAUUUUUUCGACAAGAAUUUGCUUCGUUUAUAAAUGCGAAUUGUAUAUGUAAAAUCGAAUGGGCAAAUACUCGUACUCAGAUAGUUACUACAACUGGUAUAUCAAAAUAUGAAGAUGAAACAAUGCUUCAAAGUUUACGAUAUUUAGCACAUAGUGAUGUUAGUUCUUGUCGAAGUGAAAUACGUACUCCAAAAUUAAAUGGAAAACCAUCUCUUGACAGUCAUCCGACUUCGUUAUAA